UACUGCUUGACGCUUCCACAAGAGGUCCAGUCGAUCUGGGGAAAGAAGUGGGACAUCAUCAGAAUCACGUUUACCCUCACUCGCUAUGCCACCUUGGUGGGUACUGCCAUGACUACGUAUGCCGCUGUGACUGACCGGUUUAUGUACACCAGUUGCGUGACUUUCGGCGAUGUCUCAUACGGUUCACAUCUAAUAAGCAUCAUCGCUGCAGAAGGCCUGCUUAUUUUUCGUACACUCGCCUUUUGGCAUCAGAACAAAAAAUUGCUGGUGUGGCUUCUCGUUCUUGCCGUAUUUUCCAUUGUAGGGGCUGUCGGGGUGUCAAGAGUUGUGAGCGUCCUCCAUAUCGCUGACCCUCCAGGGGUCAAUAGCACAGGUUGCGUGUUUGAAAAUGGAAAAGGUGGCGCCAUACAAUAUGGUUUUUUGAUCAUUUAUGAGCUAGUGCUCAUGAUCCUUACGAUAUACAAGAGAUUCAGCUUCUACAAAGAUGCUCGAGGUCGCCUCGCCACCAUCCUUUAUCGCGAUGGGAUGAUAUACAUGACCUGCAUCAUAAUGGCAUCCUUCGCAAAUAUUCUUAUCGCCCUGGUUGCUCCUAGCACAUACUCCGACAUCCUGGAUGCACCACAGCUCGUGAUCCACGGAGUGCUAGCCUCCCGUAUCUUAUUCAAUUUGCGACAUGAGAGCCAUCAGUCGGAUUCGGCGAUCAUUGACGCAAUCAUUCCUAUGGUUAACAUGCGUCGCACCCAUGGAGGCUAUCAUGUUGCAUUCGUCGAUACAAACUCAGGGAUCGUAGAAGGGUAGUUUUGCAUGUUCGGCGAGGAUCCUAAGCCCCCA